AUUGGCUUCGAAAAAUACCUCCUUUUUCUUCUUCUUCUUCUUCUUCUCUUCUCUCUUCUCCGUUUCCUCAAAUCUCUUCAAUGCAAUAACAUCGCCAACAAAACAGAGCUUUCAAAUCCCAAUAAUCAUUCUUUAUCACCAUUCUGCACACCAUUGUUUUAUGGUCUGGGGUGGUGUAAGGAGUAGAACAUAUGGCGUACAAGGUCGAUCACGAAUAUGAUUACCUCUUCAAGAUUGUGUUGAUUGGAGAUUCGGGUGUCGGAAAGUCCAACAUUCUUUCCAGGUUUACGAGGAAUGAGUUUUGUUUGGAGUCCAAGUCCACCAUCGGAGUUGAAUUUGCAACCAGGACAUUACAGGUAGAGGGGAAGACAGUGAAAGCACAAAUAUGGGACACAGCAGGUCAAGAGAGGUACCGAGCCAUAACCAGUGCUUACUACAGAGGUGCUGUUGGUGCUCUAUUGGUCUAUGACAUAACCAAAAGGCAAACAUUUGACAAUGUGACGCGGUGGCUACGCGAACUCAGAGACCAUGCAGACUCAAAUAUUGUCAUUAUGAUGGCCGGUAAUAAAUCUGACCUCAAUCACCUGAGAGCUGUCCCAGGAGAAGAUGCUCAACUCUUGGCUGAGAAGGAAGGUCUCUCAUUUUUAGAAACUUCAGCAUUGGAGGCCUUUAAUGUUGAGAAUGCAUUUCAGACUAUUUUGUUGGAUAUUUACCACAUAAUAAGCAAGAAGGCACUAGCAGCACAGGAGGCAGCUUCGACCACUGGACUUCCUCAAGGAACUACCAUCAAUGUUGCAAAUCUAUCGGGUGACAUGAAUAAGAAAACUUGUUGCUCUAACUAAGAACAUCUAACUAUAAAAGGAAAAGCAAAAGUAGGCAUAUACAAUUUUGGUUUUUUGACAGGAAGGGGGAUACAUUCUAGCUUCUUUUCAUGCAUUUACUUCUAGAGGCCAAAGAGAAAGAGCAGAGCUGGUUUUAGUUGACCAUAGUAGAAGAAGUACACGACACCCUUCGGCUGUCUCUAAUGUUUUGCACUGGUACCUGGAAGUAUGGGAGGCUAAUCAGGGUCUCUCUCAGUAUAGGCAAAGAUUAGAUGAAACAAGCACUGUAAGUAUAGUUUCAUAUUAUUGUUACUUUUUCUUCUUGUAUUUCUCCUUUUAUUAUUGUGAAUUUGUACUUGAUUGAUACUGGAAUAAAUUUUUCCAUGUAUAUACUAUUUUUUAGUUUG